CAUGCACUGUGUGAGAGAUCAAGUGCAGAGGGCGAGGAAGGGAGGGUCGUACACAGACAGAUCACAACUGUUGCAUAUUCUCUUCUAAAUACCGCGAUUUACUUCUUUAUUUUGACCAAUUCCUUCAACUAAUUUGGUCAUACUUGUAUAAUUCAUACUCCAGAAAGCAGGACUAAAGAGCUAGGCUUGAGGGACUUCUUCCCAGCUCCUCAUCAAGAUGUUUUCUGUUCAUCUGCUCGCCUACUAUUUCUCCAAACUCAAAGAGGAUCCCACCAAGAAGGUGGACAGGUUCCUGUACUCCAUGCGUCUGAACGACGACCAGCUGAGAGACGUCUCGGCGCGGCUCCUGCAGGAGAUGCAGGACGUUCUGUCCUCGCAGAGCAGCGCCGCCGAAUCCAUCAAGAUGCUGCCAACCCACGUGUGCUCCACUCCGGAUGGAUCAGAAAACGGAGACUUCCUAGCAUUAGACAUGGGAGGCUCCAGGUUUAAGGUGCUCCGGGUGAAAGUGAGACAGCAAGUGGGGAAAAAAGGUGGAGUGGAGAUGGAGGAGAAAACCUACUCUAUACCCAAAGAGCUUCUGAAUGGAAAGGGAUCGGAGUUAUUUGACCACGUGUCUAAGAGCCUGAAGGACUUUGCUGACACAAACAACAUUGACCUGGAGAAGAAACACCCACUGGGCUUCACCUUCUCCUUCCCCUGUCACCAGAACACCCUGAACCAGGGAGUGUUGCUGAACUGGACUAAGAACUACAGAGCCAGAGGAGUACAGGGUAAAGAUGUGACCCGGGCCCUCAUGGAGUCCAUCCAGAGAACAGGAGGUAUGGAUGUGGAGCUGCUGGCCUUAGUGAACGACACCGUGGGAACCAUGAUGACCUGCGCUUUCGAUGAUCCGUACUGUGAAGUCGGGCUCAUUAUCGGCACUGGUACCAACGCGUGCUACAUGGAGGAGCUGAGGCACAUCAACCUGGUGGAGGGUGACGAGGGCCGCAUGUGUGUCAACACAGAGUGGGGGGCCUUCGGGGACGACGGGGCCCUCAAGGAUUACAUCACCGAUUUCGAUCGCGACAUCGACGCUGCCUCCGCCACACCUGGAAAGCAGAUUUUUGAGAAGCUGAUCAGUGGUCUGUAUCUGGGCGAGCUGGUGAGGUUGGUGGUUCUGAAGAUGGCCAAGCAGGGACUGUUGUUUGAAGGCCAUGCUCCCGACGCCCUGAGGACCAAAGGGAAGAUCACCACAGCCCACGUUGCCUCCAUGGAACAGUACAAGGACGGCCUGCGCAACACCCGGGCGAUCCUCGAGGACCUGGGCCUGGCCCCCUCGGACGACGACUGCGUGGCGGUGCAGCACGUCGGCACCGUGGUCUCCUUCCGCUCCUCCAACCUGGUGGCGGCGGGGCUGGCGGCCAUCUUGACCCGCGUCAGGCAGAACAGGAAGCUGAAGACCCUGCGCAUCACGGUCGGGGUGGACGGCACCGUGUACAGGACACACACACAGUAUGCCAAACGACUCCACAAGGUGGUGCGCCGGUUAGUUCCUGACUGUCAUGUCCGAUUCGUCUUAUCAGAGAGUGGCAGCAGUAAAGGGGCUGCCAUGGUAACGGCAGUUGCCCAGCGACUUGCCUCGCAGCGGCGUCAGGUGGACGAGGCACUGUCGUCCCUCAAGCUGACCCAGGAACACCUGGGAUAUGUGAAGUCCAGAAUGAGGGCGGGGCUAGAGGCGGGGCUAAAAUCACAAGGCCCCUCCCCUGUUAAGAUGCUGCCUGCCUAUGUGUACCGAACCCCAGAUGGCACAGAGCACGGGAACUAUCUGGCCCUGGACCUGGGAGGGACCAACUUCAGGGUCCUGCUGGUGAAGAUCCGCAGCGGCCUGAGUCGCUCCGUCCGCCUCUACAACAAGAUCUACGCCAUCCCCCUGGAGGUCAUGCAGGGGACAGGGGAGGAGCUGUUUGACCACAUCGUGCAGUGUAUCAGUGACUUCCUGGACUACAUGGGCAUGAAGAACACUCGUCUUCCGCUCGGCUUCACCUUCUCCUUCCCCUGCUACCAGAAAGCCAUAGACACGGGCACCUUGGUGAGCUGGACCAAAGGCUUUAAGGCCACCGGCUGUCAAGGAAAUGACGUGGUGGACAUGCUGAGGGAGGCCAUCAAGAGACGCAACGAGUUUGACUUGGACAUCGUGGCGAUCGUCAACGACACAGUUGGAACGAUGAUGAGCUGUGCCUAUGAGGACCCGCAGUGUGAAAUAGGACUCAUCGCGGGGACCGGCAGUAACGUGUGUUACAUGGAGGAGCUGAGCAACGUGGAGAAACUUCACGUCCCGCAGAACGGGAAGGAAGGGAGGAACGGGGGGAAGGUGGAGGAAGAGUGUACCGAAGCGCAAGCUAAAGACGUAAUUGGACGCGAAGCCGGGGAGGAAGAGGAAGAGGAGGAGGAGCAGAGCGGCCCCAACGUGAGGAUGUGUAUAAACACAGAGUGGGGGGGCUUGGGGGAGGACGGCUGUCUGGAUGACAUCAUCACGCCCUACGACAGCGCCGUGGACCGCGACUCGCUCAACCAGGGGAGGCAGAGAUUUGAAAAGAUGACCAGUGGACUGUAUUUAGGAGAGAUUGUCCGUCAGGUCCUGCUGGAUCUGACCCGGAGAGGUUUGCUGUUCAGAGGACACGUCACUGAAGCCUUAAAAACACCGGGGAUAUUCCACACCAAAUACCUUUCACAGAUAGAGAGUGACCGCUUGGCGCUACUGCAGGUCAGAUCUAUUCUACAGCAGCUGGGGCUGGAGAGCACUAUCAAUGACAGCAUCGUCGUGAAAGAGGUGUGCGGCGCCGUGUCCCAUCGAGCUGCUCAGAUCUGCGGGGCGGGGAUGGCUGCAGUGGUGGAUAAGAUCAGAGAGAACCGUGGACUGGACCAUCUGGACGUCACCGUAGGGGUGGACGGGACGCUGUACAAACUACACCCACAUUUUGCGGGGGUCAUGCAGCAGACGGUGAACAAGCUGGCUCCGCAGUGCAACGUCAACUUCCUGUUGUCGGAGGACGGCAGCGGGAAAGGAGCAGCGCUCAUCACCGCCGUGGGCUGCCGACUGAGAGAGGAGCUCAAGAGCCAAUAGAUCCUCUCUCCUCCUCUGUCUGCGUCUCUCUCUCUGCCUCUGUGUGCCGCUGCCCUCCAUACCCCUCCACUCCCUCCUUCCCGGGUCUUUCCUGGCUCCCCUCGGGGGGCUUCGCGCCCUCUGCUCUAGUUGCUUCAGCCCAACACCCCGCGUACCAGAGAGGAGAGGGAAGCGUUCGACAGCAGGGUUCUAGCGCCCUGCUGGUUUUACCUGUGCUUUGUGUUGUUCAGUUUUUAGAGAUUAAACGCGCACACUUAACUACUGUGAGCAGGGCAAGGGGGGGGGGGGGGGGGGGGUGGAGUAGUAGCAAAGAUAUAGUACAUUAUAGUACAGGAGGUCAGUUUAGGUCAUUCUGAGUGUUGACCUAAGAGCCAUGAGGUGUACUGGUUGGGAUCUGUUCUUUUAAUCGAUUCUCUUUUUAUUAUUGUUGAGGUUUGAGAGUUACACAAUGCAAGAUCAGCCACUAAUUGUCACUGCAGUCUCAAGCAAUACUUAAAAUAAUUCUUAAAACUACUUGAUACUGAAUACUGGAAACAUACGAAAGCCUACAUGCACAAUAUAUAUUUUAAAACAGGUGCUUUUUGGAACUCCUCGGAGGAGGCUAAACACUGAUUGUGAGGUAAAGUUGCGCUCUACGUCUGCUGAGCUAACAAUGAUUCACUGUCUGUUAAAAGGCGUAAAAAAGGGAAAGGAAAAUAUAUAUUUUUUAAAAGAUAUGUAUGUAUAAUGAGAUAAAGGGAGUAUUUUCUUUUGCUAAUAUCUUGCCUAGCUGUCAUAUCAUAUUGGCUAUUUAUUUUAUUUUUGUACUUAAAUGAUGUUGAAACAACCUGCAACUGUAGCAAGUCUAGAGAAAAAUAUAAUCAUAGUAAAGUUUACAAACAACUUAGUCCUGUUGAACAAUACAUUAUGUUUUCUCUAGUGUGCUGCAAAAGUUGUCCAAAGAUCACUUCUAAUGCUUUUAUCUAAAUGGAAUUUGUGUCAUUGUCAGUAAUCCUUUGUGGCUGUGAAACUGGCUGCUGAGAUUUUCAAUAUUAUUUUAAGAUUGCAGUUCACCAUGUCAUUGUAGUCCAAUUUAAAUAAAUGCUAUCCAAAGACAUUACCUAUUCAACCAAUCCAGUAACUGAUUAACUAUUACUGUCACUAUCAAGGUUAUACAAUACACUAGCAAUAAACCCCACAA